AUGCCAAGAGAAAUCCGUGAAAUCAAAGACUUUUUAGUCACCGUUAGAAAUAAAGAUGCCAAGGAAAUCAGAAUCAAAAAAGUUGGCAAAAACCUCACUAAAUUCAAAGUUAGAUGUGGUAGAUACCUUUACACUUUAAGAGUUGCUGAUAACGCCAAAGCUGCCAAAUUAAUGCAAACUCUCCCACCAUCAAUCCCAACUGUCCAAGUUGACUCUAACAAAAAGUAA